UGUGGGAGUUGGUCAUCUGCAGCAAUGGGCUGGCUGUUAGCUAAGAUAUUUAUUUCUUUAUAUUUGAUAAUUUUUGUUGUGGCAGUAUUCGAAGACCAAGUUGGAAAAUUUGAUUGGAGACAGCAGUUUGUUGGUGAAGUGCGCUUUGCUCUCUUUGAUAUUAAUUCUCAAGCAUCUAAAAAGCUAUUAGUAGCAACAGAAAAGAACAUUUUUGCUUCCCUCAAUUCCAGAACCGGAGACCUUUUCUGGCGACAUGUGGACAAGACAGGACCCGAGGGGCAUAUUGAUAUGCUUCUUUUGUAUGGGCAAGAUGCCCUUGUUGUUGUUGGUAAUGGACGUAUUCUUCGCUCCUGGGAGACCACUAUUGGUGGCUUGAACUGGGAGACAGUGCUUGAUACUGGAAGUUUUCAGUCUGCUGCUUUCAUUGGAGUUCAAGACCAAGUCAAAUAUGUGGCAGUGCUUAAGAAAUCUACUAUUUCUCUUCACUACAUCUCCAAUGGCCAUCAGAAAUGGGUGGAGAACCUCCCAGAAAGUGACACUGUUCAGUAUCAGAUUGUCUACUCUGGAGGCAGUGGACAGGUCUUGCUUUUGGGUGUAGUCCCCAACUCCCAUAUUGUCAUGGUUGAGUACAAGAUUGAAGAUGGAGAAAUCAUGAAACAGAAAUCAGUUGCAGCUCCAUGGCUCACUAGCUUGCAGUCCAGCUGCGUGGUCGUUGGUUCUGGGGUCCUUUUAUGCGUUGACCCGAUGACGCAGUCCAUGUACACCUUACUGUUGCAGUCUGAGGAACAGCCAAAAAUGAGCCAAAUCUUACUCCAGACUCUGGGUCUGGAGGUAGCCUCAGGAUUUCAGCCUGUCCUGAUCUCCACCCAGCCUCACCCAACUCGUCCUCCUCUGCCUGAGUUCUUCCUUCAGCUUGGCCCGGAUCAUCACAUCCUGCUGCAGUUCAAAGAUGGACUCAUUUCUCCUCUCAGAGAUUUUAACCCUUCUCAUCUGGUCACAUUUGCAACAACUGGAGAGAAGACGGUAGCUGCUGUUAUGACACCAAAAAAUGAUACUGCAUGCAGCAUCAACCUGUACACUGCUGAUACAGGUCGGAGGCUUCUUGAUACCACUAUCAUCUAUUACAUGGACCCUAAUGGAGGAAGGCCAACAAGGUUGUAUGUCCACGCCUUUCUGAAGAAAGAUGAUUCUGUGGGCUACAGAGUCCUGGUGCAAAAUGAAGAUCUUGUCCUCAGCUUCUUGCAGCAGCCUGGUAGGGUAGUGUGGACAAGGGAGGAGGCCCUAGCUGAUGUGGUCACUAUGGAGAUGGUGGAUUUACCCCUCACGGGAACACAGGCAGAACUGGAGGGAGAGUUUGGAAAGAAAGCCGCUAUUCAAGAUGGGCUGUUGGCCAUGGUUUUGAAGCGCCUCUCGUCGCAGCUGAUCGUCUUGCAGGCUUGGCUGGGCCACCUGUGGAAGCUCUUCUACGAUGCGAGGAAGCCCCGCAGCCAGGUGAAGAAUGAUGUCACCAUCGAAACCUUGUCUCGGGAUGAGUUCAACCUGCAGAAGAUGAUGGUGAUGGUGACUGCUUCAGGGAAGUUAUUUGGGAUCGACAGUAAAUCUGGAACUAUUUUGUGGAAGCAGUAUCUGGAGAACGUUAAACCCAAUUCAGUUUUCAAACUGAUGGUGCAAAGGACUACUGCUCAUUUUCCUCAUCCACCUCAAUGCACUCUACUCAUCAAGGAUAAGGAUACAGGCUUGGGAAGCCUUAAUGUUUUCAAUCCCAUCUUUGGUAAGAAGAGCCAUAUCAGUGUGCCAGCUUUGCCCAGACCUGUCCUUCAAUCCCUGUUGCUGCCCCUUAUGGAUCAGGACUAUGCAAAGGUUCUUCUUCUUGUAGAUGAUCAGUACAAGGUGACAGCAUUCCCAUCCACUAAGAAUGUCCUGCAGCAGCUGCAAGAGACAGCUUCCUCUAUUUUUUUCUAUCUAGUAGACUCUAGUCAGGGCAGGCUGUCCGGUUUCCACCUACGCAAGGAUCUGUCUACUGAGCUGAUCUGGGAGGUGGUCAUCCCCACUGAAAUGCAGAAGAUAGUUGGGGUGAAGGGCAAGCGCGCCAAUGAGCAUGUCCACUCCCAGGGUCGGGUCAUGGGCGACCGUAGUGUGCUUUAUAAGUACCUGAACCCGAACCUACUUGCUGUGGUGACUGAAAGCACAGACAGCCAUCAGGAGCGCAGUUUUGUGGGGAUCUUCCUCAUUGAUGGUGUUACUGGUCGUAUUGUACAUGAGGCAGUGCAGAGGAAAGCCAGAGGGCCUGUUCAUUUUGUGCACUCUGAGAACUGGGUGGUGUAUGUGUACUGGAACACAAAGUCUCGGAGAAAUGAGUUCUCCGUGCUCGAGCUCUUUGAGGGAAUGGAGCUCUAUAACAGCACAGUGUUCAGCUCUUUGGAUAGACCUCACCCACCUCAGGUGCUGCAACAGUCUUAUAUAUUUCCCUCUCCUAUAAGCACCCUGGAAGCCACCCUCACUGAGAAGGGCAUCACCAGCCGACAUUUACUGGUGGGUCUCCCAUCAGGUGCCAUCCUGUCUUUACCAAAGAUGUUUCUGGACCCACGGAGACCUGAAGUGGCCUCAGAACAGAGCCGGGAGGAAAACCUAAUACCAUAUUCUCCUGAAAUACCAAUUCGCACUGAGUGGUUCAUUAAUUACAACCAAACUGUUUCAAGAGUAAAGGGUAUCUACACUGCACCGUCUGGCCUGGAGUCUACAUGUCUGGUGGUGGCAUAUGGCCUUGACAUCUACCAGACCAGAGUCUACCCUUCCAAGCAAUUUGAUGUUCUUAAGGAUGAUUAUGAUUAUGUACUGAUCAGCAGUGUACUUCUUGGCCUUUUCUUUGCUACCAUGAUAAGCAAGCGACUAGCAGAAGUAAAACUACUUAAUCGUGCAUGGCGGUAAAGCAGAACCCCUUGAUGGCUGCAUUCUGUCUGCCUGUUUCUGAAUGAUUUGACACAUUCAUGGCAGGAAAUCUGCUGAUGCCCAUGUCAGACUGCAUCAUGAGCAUCAGGAAAGUUUCUGCAGCCAGUUGUUUGGACUGAUUUUUUUUCUCUCUCUCUCUCUUUUUUUCUUUUCUCAUUGAUGAGAAAGAAAUGCAUUCUGUCUUUGUUCCCCCAUACCAUUGGGCAGAGUUGUUAUUUUAAAAUGUAUUUAUUGUAGCUAUUGUGGUGAAUUAGACCUGCCUGUCUGCCUUUUUUUAAGGACUGAGCUAUUGAAAUUACCAUGUGACAUUUUUGAUUGUUAAAUACAUAUUGAAAUAAUGCAAACAUUUUAUAAUUGACACUAUUUGGUCUCUAAUUUGUAUAAUAUGUUUUUGUGAAUGCUAAAUUUGGUCAGUUUGCAUUACACAUACAUCUUAACAAAUGCAUAACUGUAGUUGUUAAGGUAAACUCUGCUGUUUUGUAACUUAAUCCAGUAGCCUCCUACUUAAUGAGUGGAGCAUCUUAUUUAUUACUAGCACUGCAUCUACCAUUAUGUGAAUUUGAGAGAGAGGUGCUGCAUACUUUUCCUCCUCCAACUACAAUUGUGUGUACGUACCCAGGGAGAGACGUCCGGCCUUUUGUAUCGUCAUGAGAGAAUACGUUGGAUUUGGUAAUUACAGAGUAAUUAAUAAAGUUACAAAUAUUUGAUAAAUAGGAGUGAUGCAUAGUAGCAAUAGAGUUUUGUUUUUUUUUUGUUUUUUGUUUGUUUGUUUGUUUGUUUGUUUUUUCUUUCCAAGAAUAAAAAUGUGUUUAAUGUUUGGAUGAACAAGUACUGUCUUAAAGGUGCUGAAGAAAGUUCUGAAACAUUUCACGAUUUCCUGCUUUGAUUCGAAUUUUUGGUUCAUUUUUUCAGAAUUUAAACUUGCAUUUGAAGCCUUUUCUUAGACAGAUAUUCGUCACCUCCAGUUCCAGUCUUUUAAAGCAGGAUUAUGAAAGUGUGCACUUGACAAUGCCUCUAAGACUGAAAUCUAGAAGCAAUGGCUUAAACUGCUUAUUUCAGGUCAGACACACUGGAUUGUCUAAAACCAUGUGAUGAUACACUCAUAGGCAUGUUCUGUAUCUUAGCUUGAAUUUUAUUUCUUUGUUUGGAUACUUAUAAGGUGUAUUUAAAUACACCUAAUUAUGCAUCUAUCAUUGUCCAAUAUCCAUGUUCUUCUAUUGUCGGUAACAAAUUGCUAUGGAAUGAAAAAAACACUGAGUUUUGGGGAACCUUUGACAAAAGAUUAAAAAGCUACUUUUUAGUUUACUUCAAUUGGAUUUUGUUUAUUCAUGCUGUGUUUAAAUGUCAGUGUAAUUUCUGGAAUACAAAAAAAAAUCUGAAAGUUGAUUUUAUCACUAGCUGAUAAGUAUUAAUAAAACAGAUCUAUAACACC